GCGGGGACGCGCACGCGAGCGGCCGCGGUCGCUCCGGUUGCCCCGCUCCGCCGCGGUCGCCGGCGCUCUCGACGCGGUGGUCCCCGCCAGCCGCGGGCGCCGCAGGAGGGAGCGGCCGGUGCGCCCGCAGCCUGUCGGUGCAGCCGGAGGCCGGUCCUCCUGGUUGGGGCCGCCCUGGUCGGGGCCGGGCGCGGCGGGCUGACGGCCCCGGGAGCGGAGAGCGCCUGAGAGGAAGGCGGCGAGGCGGAGGCGCACGUCCGGCCGUCUCCGGGAGCCGGGAGGAGGCCGGGGGACCAUGUCCGGGAGGCACGCACAGUUCUCCACCACCGAUCGCGUCAUCAAAGCUGUUCCCUUUCCUCCAACCAAACGGCUUACUUUGAAGGAAGUGUUUGAGAAUGGGAAACCUAAAGUUGAUAUUUUGAAAAACCAUUUGGUAAAGGAAGGCCGAGUGGAAGAGGAAGUAGCCUUGAAGAUAAUUAAUGAUGGGGCCGCCAUUCUGAGACAAGAGAAUACCAUGAUAGAAGUGGAUUCUCCAAUCACUGUGUGUGGUGAUGUUCAUGGACAGUUCUUUGACCUGAUGAAGUUGUUUGAAGUAGGGGGAUCACCAAGUAACACACGCUACCUCUUUCUGGGUGACUAUGUGGACAGAGGCUAUUUCAGUAUAGAGUGUGUGCUGUAUUUAUGGAGUUUAAAGAUUAACCAUCCCAAAACAUUGUUUCUGCUUCGAGGAAAUCAUGAAUGCAGGCAUCUUACAGAAUAUUUCACCUUCAAACAGGAAUGUCGAAUCAAAUAUUCAGAACAGGUGUAUGACGCGUGUAUGGACACAUUUGACUGUCUUCCUCUUGCAGCACUCUUAAACCAGCAGUUUCUCUGUGUACAUGGAGGAAUGUCACCUGAAAUUACUUGUUUAGAUGACAUUAGAAAAUUAGACAGGUUUAUUGAACCUCCUGCCUUUGGGCCAGUGUGUGACCUGCUUUGGUCUGAUCCCUCCGAGGAUUAUGGCAAUGAAAAGACCUUGGAGCACUAUACCCACAACACUGUCCGAGGGUGCUCUUAUUUUUUCAGUUAUCCUGCAGUUUGUGAAUUUUUGCAGAACAACAAUUUAUUAUCAAUAAUCAGAGCCCAUGAAGCUCAAGAUGCUGGGUAUCGAAUGUACAGGAAGAGCCAAACAACCGGCUUUCCAUCACUUAUUACAAUUUUCUCUGCCCCCAAUUACCUAGAUGUCUAUAACAAUAAAGCUGCAGUGUUGAAAUAUGAAAACAAUGUCAUGAAUAUCAGGCAGUUUAACUGUUCUCCACAUCCCUACUGGCUUCCGAACUUUAUGGAUGUUUUUACAUGGUCUUUACCUUUUGUGGGGGAAAAAGUUACAGAGAUGCUGGUGAACAUCCUCAACAUAUGCUCCAAAGAUGAAUUGAUUUGUGAUGAAGAAGAAGGAGGUGCUGCGGUUCGAAAAGAGAUCAUAAGGAAUAAGAUCAGAGCUAUUGGAAAGAUGGCCCGAGUCUUUUCAAUUCUUCGGGAAGAGAGUGAGAGUGUGCUGACUCUCAAGGGCCUCACUCCCACAGGCACCCUCCCGAUGGGUGUCCUCUCAGGAGGAAAGCAGACCAUUCAGACUGCCACAGUAGAAGCGGUAGAGGCCCGGGAAGCCAUCAGUGGGUUUUCACUUCAGCACAAGAUUCGAAGUUUUGAAGAAGCCCGAGGUCUGGACCGAAUUAAUGAGCGAAUGCCACCUAGAAGAGAUGGCACAAAACCUGAUGGGUCAGUGAACUCAGUAACCCCUGCACACCCAAACUUCGCACACCAGAGCGGCCAAGGGAAGAAAUCCCCGUGAUGCCAGAGUCCUGUUGCUGCACAGGUGGACCCCAAACUCAUGCACAAGUCUUAUUUAUUUAUUAUUGGAAAACAAAACAAAAACAAUUCAAACAACUUAAACCUGGAGGUGCAAUCAUAAUUCAUCUGCAUUUAUUCUGUAAGAAAGGUGAUGGUUUUAUAAAUUUUUUUAAUUUAUGUUAAAUAUAUAAGAAGUACAUCUGUUUUGUUUUCCCCUUUUUCCUCCCCAAUUUUUAGGAACUAAUUUGUUGUCAAUACAUAUGUGAAGUCUUGUGCUAUAAAGGGACCUUCCCCUAAUAAAAGGGCCUUGGAAACCUCAA